AUGACAAUUACGAAGAAAUUAACGGUUGGAGUGUUGGCAUUACAGGGCGCAUUUAUUGAACACAUCAAACAUUUUGAAGGUGCUACAAAGAAUGGAUAUUCAGAUUUCGAAUUUGACUUCAUUGAAGUUAGAACUGAGGAGCAAUUGGAUAGAUGUCACGGACUAGUUAUACCCGGUGGAGAAAGCACUUCUAUAUCAUUGAUUGCACAAAGAACUGACUUGCUUGGGCCGUUGAUGCAUUAUGUCAAAUCGGAAAGGCCUAUUUGGGGGACUUGUGCUGGAUUGAUUUUUUUGUCGACUCAAGUUGAAAAUGGAAGACCAGGUCAACAAUUGUUGGGGGGCAUGAAUAUCCAGGUCAAGAGAAAUGCAUUUGGAAGACAGCUACAGUCGUUCCAAUCGGAUUUGGACUUUUCAUCCUUCAUCCCUCUGGUAAGUGACUUUCCUACGAUAUUUAUUAGAGCUCCUGUCAUUACAAGUGUGCUAUCCGAUAUCAACGGGUCGGAAAAUGUUGAUAAUGAAAUCAUUCAUUCUAAGAAUGACUAUGAGAAUAAGGCUCCAGUACAAAUUUUGCACCAAUUGGAUAACGGCUUGAUAGUUGCCGUAAGACAAGGUACUAAACUUGGAACUUCUUUUCACCCUGAAUUAUCAGAUGACUAUAGAUUUCAUAAGUGGUUCAUAGACGAGUUCAUAACGAAGGCUGUAUAA